AUGGGUGCUGCUUACAAGAUUUUCGGUAUGACUGUUCAACCACAUAUUUUAGCCAUAGCUACCUUGGGCUCUGUUUUCGGUGGUGCAGCUUACGCCAUGUCUGGUUCUAAGGAUGCUGAAAAGGCCAAGCCAGCUGUUGCUACUCCAGCUGCUCCAGCUGCUGGUGGUUCCGACGAAUUUGACGUUGAAAAGUUGUUGGGUGAUUUCUUGAAGGAAGAAUCCAAAUAA